GUCGUGUAGUCCUGUGAAUCCGCAGUUAGCCCUACAAAGAGAGGCCUAUCGGCAAGUUCAACAUUGCUCCGUGUAUACUCUAAGAAUCGAGUGUUAAUUGUUAUCUAACAAUGGCACAGGAGUUCGUGAAGGCACAAAUAAAAGGUGACAAAGUUGUCUUAUUCUUGAAACCCUCGUGCCCCUACUGCGUCCUCGCUAAAGAUGUUUUAUCAAAGUACAAAUUCAAGCAGGGACAUUUGGAGUUCAUCGACAUUAGUGGACGGAAUGACAUGAGCGGUAUUCAGGACUAUCUGCAACAGAUUACUGGAGCUCGGACUGUGCCACGAGUGUUUAUAGGCGAGAAAUGUGUUGGGGGAGGCAGUGAUGUGGCAGAGCUGGAUAAGGAAGGGAAGCUGGAGGGGAUGCUGCAGUCCAUUGGAGCCCUACAGUGAACGCAUGCGUUGCCCUGGGUGCCGCGCGGAGGGUCACAUGAUGCUGCAGCGGGAUUUGCGCAGUUGCCGUCUGCGUUGCUGGUACUCGCUGAGCUCUUGCAGAUAUCCUCUAGAGGGCCAGCGCAGUCGCUCCACCUGUUCCCGCUCCUCCUCUGCAUAACGAUGCCAAGAUAAUAUUAAGCUUUCUUCCCACAACAGUCGAUUUACCAUACCUUUUAUUCCUUAACUUUUCUCUGUGGUUUAAUGUUUACCAGUGUAAUGGGUUCAGUGUGACCUUUUUUUUCUUGACUCUUUGUUACUGGAUGUUAAUUUGAUAUAUCAACGUCAAAAUAUGUUUACUCAUACUCUAUGGUUCAGGUCUUUCAAAAGGGAAUAUAACCAUGAUUGUAAAAGCGUGAAAUGUUUGCAUGUACAAUCCGUCCAUCCCAAUCUUAAACAAAGCCUGUUUCUUUUUUUCCUCAAUAAAAUUAUACCAAUGAAAGCAAUGAA